UAAGUACAAUCUAUAAAUUAUUAUACGUUCCUGAUUCAUUGAUUUGUUAUUUCCUACUUAAAAGUUACACCUCUUAAACAAACAGUAUCGUUUAAACACUCAAACAUGACGACGGCGGACUUACGAUCGUUAUUUCAAGGGAAAUUAAAAGAAAAAACUGACCAUGAAUUCCAUCCUUUGGAUUUAGAACGCGUAAAAGACGAUAGAUACUUGAAAAGGGUUUUGCAACACACUGAAAAUGAUUUGAAACAAGCCUCGGACAUGUUGUGGGAUAUUUUCACUUGGCGAAAAGCGGUUGGAGCAAAUGACAUCAACGAAAGCAACAUACGGAUGGAUUAUGUCAACGAAGGUAUUUUUUUCCCUCACGGACGAGAUGUUGAUGGCUGUUUAUUACUAAUAAUAAAGUCUAAAAAACAUAUCAAGGGCAUUAAAGAUUUUGACGAGAUUAAGAAGAUCAUCAUUUAUUGGUUCGAUCGUAUAGAACGGGAAGAGAACGGUAACAAAGUGACUAUGUUCUUCGAUCUGGACGGAUGUGGCAUCAAUAAUAUGGAUAUAGAUCUAACGAACUAUCUUAUAUCACUAUUUAAGAGUUUCUAUCCAAAUUUCUUGAAUUAUAUCAUUAUAUAUCAAAUGCCGUGGGUAAUGUCUGCGGCAUUCAAAAUUAUAAAGUCUCUAUUACCUGCUAAAGGCGUUGAGAAGAUGAAAUUUGUCAAUAAAGACACAUUAAAGAGUUUUGUGGCACCCGAACAUGCUUUAGAAUGUUGGGGUGGUAAUGAUAAUUACGAGUUUGAAUUUGUACCGGAAAAUCGUAGUUCCGAACAUACACCGAAGAAGGUUACGUUUGCUGAGCAAGGUGACAAUCAUUCCCUUGGUGAAAUGCUCCGGUUGAACCCUAACAACCUUAUAGUAUUCAAAAGUGAGAAUGAAGAGGUAACUGGCCAAUUUGCGAUCACAAAUAUGGAUGAAAGUCCUGUCUCUUUUAAAAUUAGAACAACAUCGCCGGAGAAGUUCCGCGUCCGACCCAGCUCUGGUAUACUGUCACAAGGCUCCACACAAACAAUUGUCAUUGUUGUCCAACCAGGCUUCCAAUUACGAAAUGUUAUGAAGGACAUGUUCCUAGUUAUGUCGGUACAAAUUCCCAAGACGGAUUUAACUCCAAAAGAAAUAAGUGAGAUAUGGCAAAACUCUACAGGAAGUAAGAUAGAUGAAUACAGGUUAAAAUGCCAAUUCCCUGUCAAGGAUUUACCUAAAAAUGGGGCGAGCGCGGGGGAGACAAAACAUCAAGAUAAGUCGGAUUCAAUCACGAACGCUCUGAACAAUCUUCAAAUGAACUACGAAAUACUUCACAGGCAAGCAGAUAAGCUAAAGGUUUACCAGUUCUUGACGUUGCUAUUGACAGCCGUCUCUGUGAUCUUGAGCUUUCUCGUUUACCAGAGCACAAAUGACAACGAAAGAUACUGUGAGCGUAUCUAGCCCUUAAAUUUAGUGGUUUUCAAAGCCACUAUUAACUUUGCUAUGCAUUUGUAUUGUCUAACGAUGUUCUUAUUACUGUUUAACACAUUCUUACUUAUUAAAUAUUCCCAUUUCAUGUGUUUAAUAGGAAAAUUACACACCAUGUAAGUUAUGGUUAUCCUAUGGGGCUUUAAGCUACCCUCAAAUAUAUUCAAGGUGUAUUGCUUAUUUAUUGAUUAAUCGUAUGUGCGAAUGGUUUAGGGAUAAUUUUGUGUGAUCUUUAUAAUAGAAUGAAGACGAUUUUGGAAUAAAAAUAAGUUAUUUAAAUAGAGCAAUUAUUUUAUUGUUUAACAAUAUUGUGUAGUAUUGUAGUUGACAUGUCGGUUAGUACAAAUUAUUCGAUUAUUUAUUAAAGUAUUGAUUGAUUUUACAUAAUUAUUAAAUGUUAAACAAUGUAUCACAUGAACAAAGAAUUAUGUAAAUUAUCUACUUCACAUAAGCGUAGAACGUAAGAUGUUUUAGAAUUAUUCUACUACAAAUAUAAUGAUUGUUGCUUAAGAGUGAGUGGACAAAGUAUAUCACAAAUAGAUUUUAUUAUAUAAUUUAAUUUGUAAAGAAAUUAAGAAACUAUGAAUAAUGUUGGUACAAAGUCCAUUUUAAUUUGUAAACAAUGGAAUUUUUUUAUAAUGGCAAUAUUUCGUUUCUAGAAACAAUAAGUAUGUAUUGAAAUGUAAAUAUGUCUUGUUCUAACAACAGUACCUUUAGUGUGGAAGAUAUUUUCUGUCUCUGUCAUGUUUUUAAACAAAUGCACUUGUGUGCUUAGAGAUAUAGAAUAGGGUGUACGUUCUUUUGUUCUUGCUGGAUUCCAGUGGCCUAGUUCAGAUGGCCAAAAUUGAUGUGUUUGAUUUUUUAUACAUUCCAGAUUUAAAAAUUCUCUGAUCUGCCCUUAUUGUAAGGUUCUACAAUGUAUUAUGAAUAUAAAUAAAAACUGUCAAAUUAUAAA